CGCACAACACAGCUAGGAUACAGUGUCUCUGUGUAUUACUAGUUAACCGGAGCCGCAUUAUCCUUUUUUUUUCUUUUCCAAGUGGAUUACAGUCAAAGUAUGGAUAAAACGCAGCGGAGACCGGCACGGAGGAAAGUUUGAAGCACCUUGCUGUAAUGAUGGGACAACCUUAUCCCGGAGAGAUGGGUUUCUUCCAGGGGACUGUGCUGCUGUUAACCUGCUUGCUGGCUUGCGCCCCGCUGUCGGACAGCUACAGCGUGCACCUCAGAGACAAUGCCAAGCCGGGAAGCGCAGUAGUAAGUCUGGGCUCUGGUAGGACUUGCACGUUGGACCAGGUGAUUGCGCCGAAAUUCACAAAGACAUUUUUGGAGACAGACUCUGCCGCUGGGACCAUCAUUGUCUCGCAUCGCCUGAGCUGCGCCCGGCUCCCGAGCAACCCUUUCACUGUUUACACUGCGGCGGACUGCAGAGACCCUUCUUCCCCCGGCUUUAGCCACCUGGUCACCAGCCGGUACGACGUGCAUGUACACGGGAGAAACUGCUUCAACAAACACAAGAGUAAAACGAAACGGGACGUGGAUAUCAUAAGUCUGCUGGCCACCAGAAACCACCAAAAUGCGUGCUAUACACCUGGGGCUCAGCUAUUCAGAAUCGGAGAGCUUUUACCAGAAUCGUGGGAUACCUGCGGCUUGCACUGCGAGGUGGCUGGGAAUUCAGGGUUUUAUUACACAAGCGGGGGAUUGUUCGCUUCGGAAGGGUUCUGUCUCAAGCGGAACGCCUUGGUGGAGCUGGAUCUGCGGUGUAACAACAGGUGCGUAGACGGGAGAGGGUCAGGUCAGGCAGCUAGAUCGUGGGUCUGGGAACGGGCAGGGGCGCACAUCAUUUCCUUGCAUUUAAGGUUAGGGCUGGGAUCCUUCAGACAGCAGCAUUUAGAAAAGUUACUGCAGAGGGCAGCCGUGUCAGAAGCGGGGAUAGCGAGCCGGAGGAAAAGGAAUGUGAACAGCAGCCCUCAGUUUCAGCCCCCGAUGUAUCAGGUCUCAGUCCCUGAGAAUAAGCCAGCGGGCACAGCGGUGGUAGUUGUGAAAGCUGUGGACCCCGACGAGGGGGAGGCAGGUAGACUGGAGUACUCCAUCGAUGCUCUGUUUGACAGCAGAUCUAACAAUCUGUUUGCUAUCGAUCCCCAAACCGGGAGGGUGAGCACUGCAGAGGAGCUGGACAGGGAGACGAAGGACACCCAUGUGUUCAGGGUGACAGCCAUUGAUCACGGCACCCCCAGGAGGACGGCCAUGGCAACCCUCACCAUCUCAGUCAGUGACACUAAUGACCACGACCCUGUCUUUGAGCAGCAGGAUUACAAGGAAAGUGUGAGGGAAAACCUGGAGAUUGGAUAUGAAGUUCUUACAGUCAGGGCCACUGACGGGGACGCCCCUGUCAAUUCCAACAUUCUGUACAGAAUCCUCAAUAAUAACGGGACCAACGGGGUGUUUGAGAUAGACCCCAGGUCAGGGGUGAUCAGAACCAGGGGCCCAGUGGACAGGGAGACAGUGGAGUCCUACAACUUGCUAGUGGAGGCUAAUGAUCAAGGGCGGGACCCAGGACCUCGCAGUUCCACCGCCACGGUCACUAUAAUAGUGGAGGAUGACAAUGACAAUGCCCCCCAGUACAGUGAGAAGCGAUAUGUGAUUCAAGUGCCAGAAGAUGUGGCCCCCAGUACGGAGAUCCUGCAGGUGACCGCCACUGACUGUGACAAGGGGAACAACGCGCUGGUCCACUUCAGCAUCAUGAGCGGCAACACGCGGGGUCAGUUUUACAUUGACGCCCAGAGUGGCAAGAUAGACGUGGUCAGCCAGCUGGACUAUGAAAUGAACAAGGAGUACACCCUGCGAAUCCGGGCGCAGGAUGGGGGGAGACCCCCGCUCUCCAACAUCAGCGGGCUGGUGACAGUGCAGGUGCUGGACGUCAACGACAACGCGCCCAUCUUUGUCAGCACCCCCUUCCAGUCUACGGUUCUGGAGAACGUUCCCAUCGGCUACUCCAUCAUUCACAUACAAGCCAUCGACGCUGACUCGGGGGAGAACUCUCGCUUGGAGUACAGGCUGAUCGAAACCCCCCCAGACUUCCCCUUCGCCAUCAACAACAACACCGGCUGGAUCGUGGUGGCGGUGGAGCUGGACAGGGAGACUAUGGACUUUUAUAACUUUGGGGUGGAGGCCAAGGAUAAUGGGUCUCCCCCAAUGUCUUCCUCCGCCAGCGUCAGCAUCACCAUCCUGGAUGUCAACGACAACAACCCGGAGUUCACCCAGAAGUCCUACAACAUGCGGUUGAACGAGGACGCGGCGGUCGGCACAAGCGUGGUGACCAUCUCCGCCAUGGACAAAGACAUUAACAGCGUGGUCACCUAUCAGAUCUCCAGCGGGAACACCAGGAACAGGUUUUCCAUCACCAGCCAGAGCGGGGGUGGACUCAUUACCCUGGCUCUGCCUCUGGAUUAUAAACUGGAGAGGCAGUACGUUUUGACUGUCACUGCUUCGGACGGCACCAGGUUUGACACUGCCCAGGUCUACGUGAACGUCACAGAUGCCAACACCCACAGGCCUGUUUUCCAGAGCUCCCACUACACAGUCAAUAUAAAUGAGGACAGACCGGUCAGCACCACUGUGGUGAUCAUCAGCGCCACUGAUGAAGAUACUGGCGAAAACUCCAGAAUCACGUACUUCAUGGAGGACAGUAUCCCCCAGUUUAAGAUUGACUCUGACAGCGGGGCAGUCACAACCCAGAUGGAGCUGGACUAUGAAGACCAGGUGUCUUAUACUUUAGCCAUCACUGCCAAAGACAACGGCAUUCCACAGAAAUCAGACACCACUUACCUGGAGAUCCUGGUCAAUGACGUGAAUGACAACUCACCUCUGUUUCUCAGGGACCAGUACCAGGGCUCUGUGUUUGAGGAUGUUCCUGCCUACACCAGCGUGGUGCAGGUUUCAGCCACCGAUCGGGACUCCGGUUUGAACGGCAGGGUGUUCUACACCUUCCAGGGAGGAGACGAUGGUGACGGCGACUUCAUUAUCGAAUCCACCUCUGGCAUUAUCAGGACUUUGCGGAGACUGGACAGGGAAAACGUGCCAGUUUACAACCUCCAAGCCUUCGCAGUGGACAAGGGGCUCCCCUCUUUGAAAACCCCCAUAAACAUCCAGGUCACCAUCCUUGACGUGAACGACAAUCCGCCUGUCUUUGAGAAGGACGAGUUCGACAUCUUUGUGGAAGAAAACAGCCCGAUAGGCCUGGUUGUUGCCCGCAUAACCGCCACGGACCCGGACGAGGGCACGAAUGCUCAGAUUAUGUACCAGAUCGUGGAGGGAAACAUCCCGGAGGUGUUCCAGCUGGAUAUCUUCUCCGGGGAGCUGACCGCGCUUGUGGAUUUAGAUUACGAGGCCAAGUCGGAGUACGUGAUCGUGGUCCAGGCCACCUCGGCCCCGCUGGUAAGCCGAGCCACUGUCCACAUCAAACUGAUCGACAGAAACGACAAUGUCCCUGUGCUGAAGAACUUUGAGAUCAUUUUUAACAAUUACGUCACCAACAAAUCCAGCAGCUUCCCCACAGGGGUGAUCGGAACGAUCCCAGCCCGCGACCCUGAUGUCUCCGACACGCUGCGUUACAGCUUUGAGCUGGGAAACGAGCUGAACCUGGUCAUCCUCAACGAAACCACCGGGGAGAUCAAGCUGAGUGACUCGCUGGACAGCAACAGACCCCUGGAAGCCACCAUGAGGGUCUCUGUGUCAGAUGGGGUGCACAGUGUGACGGCUCAGUGCACUCUGCAGGUCACCAUCAUCACUGACGAGAUGCUCUCCAGCAGCAUCACCCUGAGGCUGGCCCACAUGUCUCAAGAGCGCUUCCUGUCCCCGCUACUGCGGCUCUUCCUGGAGGGCGUGGCGACGGUGCUGUCCGCGAGCAAGGAGGACGUCAUCGUCUUCAACAUCCAGAACGACACGGACGUGAGCGCCAGCAUUCUGAACGUCAGCAUGUCCGUCCUGCUGCCUGGCGGGGGUGGCCAGUUCUUCAGCUCUGAGGACCUGCAGGAGAGGAUCUACCUGAACCGCAGCCUCCUGGCCUCCAUCUCCACCCAGCGCGUGCUGCCCUUCGACGACAACAUCUGCCUGCGCGAGCCCUGCGAGAACUACAUGAAGUGCGUCUCCGUGCUCAAGUUCGACAGCCUGGCCCCCUUCAUCACCUCCGACACCAUCCUCUUCCGACCCAUCCACCCCAUCAACGGGCUGCGAUGCCGCUGCCCCGCUGGCUUCACCGGGGAUUACUGCGAGACCGAGGUGAACCUGUGCUACUGGAACCCGUGCAGGAACGGCGGCCUGUGCCGCAGCCGGGAGGGCGGCUUCACCUGCGAGUGCCCCGAAGAGUUCACAGGUGAUCAGUGUGAGUUGAGCUCCCGAUCGGGUCGCUGUGCCCCAGGGGCCUGCAAGAACGGCGGCACCUGCGUCAACCUACUGGUGGGCGGCUUCAAGUGUGACUGCCCGCCCGGCGAGUACGAGAAACCGUACUGCGAGAUGACAACGCGAGGCUUCCCCGCCCUGUCCUUCGUCACCUUCAAGGGACUGCGCCAGCGCUUCCACUUCUCCAUCUCCCUCUCGUUUGCCACCAAGGAGCGCAAUGGCUUGCUGCUCUACAACGGGCGCUUUAAUGAGAAACACGACUUCAUAGCCUUGGAGAUCAUUAACGAGCAGAUCCAGCUAACCUUCUCAGCAGGAGAGUCAACAACCAGAGUGUCUCCGUACAUCCCAGGAGGGGUCAGUGAUGGCCAGUGGCACGUCGUUCAGCUCCAGUACUACAACAAGCCAAUCAUCGGACAGUCAGGUGUCCCCCAAGGUCCGUCGGGCCAGAAGGUUGCCGUGGUAACGGUGGAUGACUGCGAUACGUCGGUCGCCUUGAGAUUCGGCCACGUGAUCGGGAACUACUCUUGCUCAGCCCAGGGAAGCCAGUCAGGAUCGAAGAAGUCUCUGGACCUGACUGGCCCCCUGCUGCUUGGAGGGGUCCCAAAUCUGCCCGAGGACUUCCCAGUCCAGAACCGUGAGUUUGUGGGCUGCAUGAAGAACCUGUUCAUCGACAGCCGUCAGAUCGACAUGGCUGACUUCAUUGCAAACAACGGAACCGUGCCAGGGUGCUCUGCGAAGAGGCACUUCUGCAACAGCAACACCUGUAUGAACGGAGGGACCUGCGCCAACAAGUGGAGCUCCUUCAGCUGCGAGUGUCCGCUGGGCUUUGGGGGCAAGAACUGCGAACAGGUGAUGGCCAGUCCUCAACUUUUCCAAGGCAACAGCCUGGUCUCCUGGAAGAACCUGGCCUCCACCAUCAGCUUGCCCUGGUACGCUGGCAUGAUGUUCCGCACUCGACAGGCCAACGGGAUUAUCUUCAGGGCUGUCGCAGGACAGCAUUCAACUAUCAGUCUGCAGCUGAGUGAAGGGAAUGUGCUGCUGGCUGUGUAUCGGGGGAGCAACCAGGUGUUCUUGCUUAGACUCCCCCAGGUGAAGGUGAACGACGGAGACUGGCACCAGUUGCAGGUAGAGCUGAGGGGUGCCCACGAAGGCACAGAGCCACAGUACCAGGCCAGCAUAGCCUUUGACUACGGACUGCACCAGGUGAGCGCAGACAUCGGGAAUGAGCUGCAUGGGCUGAAGCUGAAGAUCCUGAGUGUGGGAGGGGUGUCCGGAGAUAACGGGACUGUGCUGCAAGGCUUCCGAGGGUGCAUGCAGGGUGUGCGUGUUGGCUCAAGAAGCACAGUCGCGGUGGCUCUGAACCUGAACCAGGCUGAGCAGGUGAACGUGGAGCGUGGCUGCAGCGUGCCGGACCCCUGCGACUCUAGCCCCUGUCCCGCCAACAGCUACUGCAACGAUGACUGGGACAGCUUCUCCUGCAGCUGCGACCCAGGUUACUACGGGGAGGACUGCAAGGACGUGUGCGCGCUCAACCCCUGCGAGCACCAGUCCACCUGCUCACGCAAGCCAAGCUCCUCCCACGGCUACACCUGCGACUGCAGUAGCAGCUUCUUCGGACAGUACUGCGAGAACAAGAAUGACCAGCCGUGCCCGAAAGGCUGGUGGGGGCACCCAAUGUGCGGUCCCUGCAAAUGUGAUACCGGCAAGGGCUUCGACCCCGACUGUAACAAGACCACCGGAGAGUGCAGGUGUAAGGAGAACCACUACCAGCCAGCAGAGGUCGACACCUGCUUCCCCUGUGACUGCUACCCCACCGGCUCCCUCUCCCGCACCUGCGACACAGAGACCGGACAGUGCCGGUGCAAGCCAGGGGUGAUCGGGCAGCAGUGUGACCGCUGUGACAACCCCUUUGCUGAGGUCUCCAUGAACGGCUGUGAGGUGAUUUACGACAGCUGCCCGAGAGCGAUGGAAGCUGUGAUCUGGUGGCCGAGGACCAAGUUCGGCCUUCCUGCGGCCGUACCCUGCCCCAAAGGAUCAAUCGGUACUGCGAUUCGGCACUGUGAUGAACACAAGGGCUGGCUCUCUCCUAAUAUAUUCAACUGCACCUCCUUGACCUUUGCAGAUCUGAAGACCUUUUCUGAUAAGCUGGCCAGCAAUGAGUCUGUCUUGGAGGUAGGCAAGUCCAGACAGAUGGCACUGCUGCUGCGCAAUGCCAGCCAGCACACUGGCGCUUACUUUGGCAGCGAUGUGAAGGUGGCAUACCGGCUGACGAAUACAAUCCUGGAAUACGAGAACAAGCAGCAGGGCUUCGGGUUGGCUGCUACCCAGGAUGUUCAUUUCACUGAGAACCUCCUCAAAGUGGGCAGUGCCAUCCUGGACCCUGAUAACAAGCCACACUGGGAGAUGAUCCAGCAGACGGAGGGCGGCACAGCUCUCCUGCUCCGGCACUACGAGGACUACGCCAAUGUGCUGGCACAGAACAUGAGGAAGACCUACCUGAACCCCUUCACCAUCAUCACCCCCAACAUUGUCAUCUCCGUGGAUCGCCUGGACAAGAUGAACUUCGCCGGCGCCAGGCUGCCUCGUUACGAAGGCCUGCGCGGGGCCCAGCCUGCUGACCUGGAGACCUCCGUCACCCUACCCGACUCUGUCUUCCAGCCUGCUGAGACGAGAGUCUCCAGGAUCUUGGAUUCCCUCGCUGAGGAAAACAACGGGACCAUGAACCGGAAGAGGCGACAUCCGGACACGAGUGAGCAGCAGGCCAUCGCGAGCGUCAUCAUCUACCGCUCCCUGGCCAGCCUGCUCCCGGAGCACUACGACCCCGACAAGAGGAGCCUGAGGGUUCCCAAGCGGCCAGUCAUCAACUCCCCGGUGGUGAGCAUCACCGUGCACGACAACGAUGAGCCGCUGCAGCACGUGCUGGACAAGCCCAUCACAGUGCAGUUCAGACUCUUCGAGAGCAAGGAGAGAUCUAAACCCAUCUGUGUCUUCUGGAACCACUCCAUCCCGAUCGGGGGCACUGGAGGAUGGUCUGCUAAGGGCUGUGAAGUGGUGUUCAGGAACCAGACCCACAUCAGCUGCCAGUGUAACCACAUGACCAGCUUCGCAGUGCUGAUGGACGUCUCCCACAGAGAGAACGGAGAGAUCCUGCCCCUGAAGAUGAUCACGUACGGCACGGUGGCGGUGACGCUGGGCUCCCUCUUCCUCACCUUCAUGGUGCUCCUCUUCCUGCGCUCGCUGCACUCCAACCAGUCCAGCAUCAGCAAGAACAUGGCGGUGGCUCUCUUCCUCUCCGAGCUCAUCUUCCUGCUGGGGAUCAACCAGGCAGACAACUCAUUUGUGUGCACGGUGAUCGCUAUCCUGCUCCAGUUCUUCUACAUGUGCACCUUCGCCUGGAUGUUCCUGGAGGGGCUGCACAUCUACCGCAUGACGACGGAGGUGCGCGACAUCAACUACGGCCCCAUGAGGUUCUACUACAUGAUCGGCUGGGGAGUGCCUGCAUUCAUCACAGGGCUGGCUGUGGGUCUGGACCCCGAAGGCUACGGCAAUCCUGAUUUCUGCUGGCUCUCCAUUUACGACACCCUGGUCUGGAGCUUCACAGGGCCCAUCGCCCUGGCAGUGUCGAUUAAUGUUUUCAUGUACAUCUUGUCUGCCAGAGCGUCCUGCUCACCCCGCCACCACGCUUUGGAGAAGAAAGGAGGCACAGUCACUGGGCUGCGGACCGCUGUGGCUAUUCUCCUGCUGGUCAUUGUCACCUGGCUCCUGACUCUCCUGGCUGUGAAUAGCGACACCAUCAUUUUCCACUACCUCUUCGCUGGCUUCAACUGCGUUCAGGGCCCGUUUAUUUUCUUCUUCCGAAUCGUCUUCAACAAGGAGGUGCGGAAAGCCUUCAAGUAUGCCUGCAGUCGGAAACACGCGGAUGACAUGAUCGCCACGAAGUCCAUGGCUUCGUCCUAUAACUGUAACAACACUUACGUGGAUGGCCACUUGUAUGGCCCGCCCUUCGGAGACUCGACCAUCUCCCUGAACAGCACCAUGAUGUCCGGCAAGAGCCAGCACAGCUACAUCCCCUUUGUCCUCAGAGAUGACUCUGGACUGAACAACAGCCAGGCCCACAUUGCUCUGACGGACCACAACUCCUUGCUCUUCCACGAGGUCAAAGAUCACCCUGACGACCCCGACUCUGACUCGGACAGUGACCUGUCCCUGGAGGACGAUCAGAGCGGCUCCUACGCCUCGACGCACUCCUCCGACAGCGAGGAGGACGAGCCCUUCUCCCGGGAGCAGUGCUGGGAAAGCCUGGCCACGCAGAGCAACGACAAGACCCAGCACAGCGCGCUCAAAGUGGAUAACGUCGUCUCGGCCCACAUGAAGCCCUACUGGCCGGGUGACUUUGUGACGACGGCGAGCGACAGUGAGGGGCACGGCGGCUCUGAGAAGCUGAAGGUGGAGACGCUGCCCAGCUCGGAGCUGCCCUGGGACAAGAUGAGCCUGCUGGAGGAGCGGCCCAAAGAAAACGGGGACAGCCAGGACAACCACAAGGACAACACGCUGGUGUGCCUGCCCAUCCCCCACGCGCAGCCACACAGAGGGAUCCUGAAGAAGAAGAGCCUCCCCACCAUCCCAGAGAAGAACAACAUCAACAGAAUCCACAACGAGCUAUCCAAUCACAGGCCGGGUCCCGCCUCCUCCCGCGCCUCCUCGUCCAGUGAGGGCAGCCGGGCGCAGAGGCCCAAGCAGAGCCUGCAGGAGCAGCUGAACGGCGUGACGCCCAUCUCCAUGAGCACCAAGGCCGGGGCGCUGGACGAGGACUCGUCAGGGUCAGACAGCAGUAACGAGACUGCAAUAUAAAGCAGUCGUGUGAAACACUGGACUUCACCCAGAGAAGCGGCCGCACCUCAUUCACUUCACAGAGCCUGCGGACGCCCCACAGAGCUUGCGCUGUGCCUGCACUCAGGCUGGACCCAGCUCAGUUUGGGGAGCUGUCAAGUGAGAGAUGUAAGGGACUUCUUUCUUUCCCCUCAGAAGAAAACCCCUCUCUCAAGCCUCAAGACUCUUUUUUUUAUUUUAUUUAUCAAAUCAGUGCCAAAUGAAGAAGCCAAGCUGAAGCUGUGGUUCAGACCAGUUGGGGCCUGCUGGCUGGAUUUUAUAUAUAUAUAUAUAUAUAUAACUAACAACAUACAUACAUACUUGAAAUGGACGCACUUUUAUUUGACUGGCUUGGACAAACCUGAUUCGUUGUUGGAACCUUUAACUGAAUAAGGAACUGAGCUAAUGAACUUUUAGCCACUUGGUCAGCAAACCUAAUGAUUUUAACCUUCAGGGAUUUCUAUGGAACUGGGGCUAUGUCUGUGCAUAUUUUGGGGGGCUGUACUUUACUGGUCAUAAUCUUUCUACGGCACAGAAAAAGAUAUAUUUUGGUUAUAACUAUUAAUAUAAGUGCCACGCGUCCAGUCCUGCGAUUUUUAAUAUUGACUUUUCAGGUGUGCAUUGCGCGUGGAACGGAAGGGCACAGCCUGAUUACAAUGAACCCUGCUGUGGCCAGUCUUGUGUUUAAUGUCGAACCCGGAUCCCUUUGGGACUGGUGAUGCAGCAGUGGAUCCGGAACGCUGGGCACUGACGAGAGGAAGCACAUCCUAUGCAUUAUGCCUGGUUCUCCAGAGCAGUCCUAGCUUGAGCAGGACGAGUCUUAAGUUAAUAAAUGCCAUUGGAGGGCAGGGAGGGAGCAACCCUUGACACAGAAAGCCUUGCUUGAUUUUGUUACAGCAUCUAUGGUGUUUCAGACUUGCUAUGGUGUAGAACAAUACAGUUCUAUUAAGCUUCAAUAAUAAAAACACAAGUCCUCUUUGGAGAAGGGUUCGAGUUGGUUAUAAGCUGGCAACAUUUAAAAAACGGACAUGUAUUUACUUAAGACUUUUCCCUCCCUAGUUUACCUGUAGUGGGAUAGUUAGACAGCCAGUAGGGAGUGGUGGUUAAGAGCUACGACCCUGAUCAUAUCACUGAUAACCCUGCUGUCGUUUGGAGGGUCUGGAAUCCAAACCCACAGGGACUGCCUAUGGAAAUGCCUUCAGCCGCUUAGCCUUCGUUUUGUACUUUCACUGGAAUUGUUUGUCUUACUGGUGAUCCCUGUUCGGAACAGUGAUUUUUUACGUUUUAUUUGGAAAUCUUUUUUUUUUAUAGGAAUUGUUCAUAUUGACUUGAGAAAAAAUAAAAAAAUAAAGCAGUUGUGAAUUAGAAUUGGAUGUGUUUGCUGAAUGAUCUCUUUAUUUAAACACAUGCAAGACAAAUGCAUUAGUGCUUCUUGUAUUAUGUCAGAAUUGUUUAUAUUGUAUAGAUGUCAGCAUUUUUUUUUUUGUGUAAAAUGUAUACCACUGUACAGAUUAAAAAAAAAAAAACUUCUGAUGUCUAAAGUGUUGCAUGCCAGAGAAAGAAAGACUAUUUUUUCAAUAUGAAAAGCAUAAUCAUAGCAAUUCACCUUGCUUCAGCCUGCACUGUAAGAACCAGGCAGUGCUCAAUGCAUCAUCACAUGUGUCACAAGUUGUGCAGCAUGGAGAUUUUGGCAAUGCAUUUGAGUAGGUGGGGGGUCAUGGAAGCAAACCCUUGAAAUGGACAAUUUGCACCGUUUCACUGGGUCUACACAGUACAGAACAGGCACACUGGAAGAGCUGCUGUCAGGGCAUGCUGAAAUACUCCUUGAGUCCUCAAAGUUUUUUUUGUUUUUUUUAAAUUGCUGACCACUUAAAAAAGAGAGAUGCUGGACUUUGGAUUAAUUUCCGAACAGUAAAUUUGUACAGAUUGGUUGCUCGUGUACAUAGUGUAGGUUUUGCAGUAAGUGUAGUUUUUAUGCAGGUAAAUCACCUGACCGUAUCAAUCUUGGCAGAUUCUUUUGCCAGACUUUUAAAAUUCUUUUACUUUGCAAUUACAAAAGCAGAAAACACUGGGUUUACAUUCUUCAUUUAAUUUGUAUCGUUAUUAUAAUUUGUAGUGGAAGAUCUGUGUAAGAGUGUAUCCUUCCAAAUACAAUAGUGUCAUGUAUUAUUUUUGUAUUUCACACCCAUAUUUCAGAUCUGUAAAAAAAAAAAAAAAAAAAAAAAACAACCUACAAAUGCUUCAAUACAAACUUUGGAUGAUGUUGAACAUUUGAAGAAAGGCUAAGUAGCUAAAUUAAUAGGUAAUUAAAAAAAUAAAAAAUAUAUAUAUAUAUACACACACACACACACCAAAGACAAAGGCUCCCAUAUCAGUCAUCAGCGAACUCGUUUAUUUUGCUUUGGUAAUUGUUUUCACACUGAUUCAUUUACUUGGCCAUGAUGUUUAUUUCAUUCUCCUGGUGUAUGUUGAGACACAGGCUUUAGUUUUUCUCUUCUUUGGAUAGUUUUGCAUUUCAGACUGCAGAGAUCCAGGCUCUUGUUAGCUGUUCUUUAUUUAUUACUGUAUAGAGUGAUGGAAGACCAGCGCUGCAUUUAGAUCAAUAAAUGGGAUUUUUGGA